CAAUGGGAAGUCUGCUAGAUUCGCUGCGGCCAAAAGCGUUCAAGUCUACGAAGAGGCGUCUGAAACAAUCGAGGCCACAAUGGCGGGCUUAUUGGACUUUUUCCAUAGCGCAUUCUUGCGCGACGAGGAGCUUCCUGAUGGCGCAGCGGUCGAAGACGGACCGCGGAAUGGCUGCCAGUUCAUCGAUAUUGGCUGCGGACCGGGAACUUUCACGCUUAAGCAGUUGCUGCCUCGCCUGCCGUCCCGUUGCCAGCGACUCGUGGCCGUGGACAACUCGGAGGCCAUGUUGGACUUUGCGCGAGAGAACCGCGCUCACCCGAGGAUCGAGUAUAGAGCCCUGGACCUGACGUCCGAAGACGCCGCCGCUCGGUUCGUACGCGAACACGGACGUUUCCAGAGGGUGUACUCGUUUUUGACGAUGCACUGGACGGCCGAUCAGCGCCGUGCCAUGAGGAACAUCGAGACGCUGAUGGCCCCGUGCGCGGAAUGCUUCCUCGUCUUCUCAGACAACAUAGUGCUGUUCGACAUCUUGAAGGCCAUGGUGGCUGCGCCGCGGUGGGCCAAGUUCUCCGAAAUAUUGAAAGCUUACGUUCCAGAGACCACCGAAAUGAAGGAUAUUACGUCGCUGCGCUCACACCUGGCCAGCCUUGUGGGAGCGACAAAGCUCACUCCGCUUGCUUGUGAAGUGAUUCGGACCAAGCUCAUCAUGAAAUUGAACAUGCAAACAUCUUCAGAUUUCUUCACAUUGUUAAAUCCUGUCUAUCCUUUGCUGGACGAAACUCAGAAGUCUGAACUGAAAACGUUCACGAUCGACUUUCUCACUAAGCACAAGGGCACCGGGGACCCUUACAAAGAACAGAUUAUGCUUGUCAUUCACGCAUACAAGUCUGCUAGUUAAAAAACAACUGGCGAGAAAAUAAUAAAACUUUCUUGCACCUUUGGUGUUGUCCUUCUUUUAAUGUAUCGGGUUUGUCUUCAUCUAUAAAUAUGGGUUCGCGUUGUGGUAGUUACUCAUCUCAGUUCUGAGCGCCCGAAAUAACUGCGUUG